AUGUUGCUUCUCAUGCAACAGCAGCAACAGAUGAUGGUUGCAAAUAUGCAACAACAGCAGCAGAUGAUGGCCACUAUGAUGGGGGCCAUGGCCCAGAGCAUGGGAGUGCCGCAACCGGCGCAACCCGGUCCAAACGCAUCUGCAAGCAACGUGAGCAGCCUGUUUGAGCGGUUCCAGUGGUAUAGACCGCCUACAUUCGCAGGCUCCCACCGCCCUGAGGAGGCAGAAUAUUGGCUCAACCGAGUCGCUAAGUUACUACGGCCUCUCCAUUGUUCUGAGGCAGAAAAUGUGGAGCUUGUCUCGUAUCUUUUUGAGAAAGAGGCGGAUUUGUGGUGGGAGAGCGUCUUCCGAUCCAUUCCCGAGGACCAUGUAUGGACAUGGGAAGCAUUUGAAGCCCGCUUCAAGGAGAAGUAUAUUCCUCAAUCGUACCAGCACGAGAGAGAGAACGAAUUUCUCCGUCUCCAACAAGGGGGGAUGAGCGUGGCCCAAUAUGAGAACCGCUUUACCGAACUCUCCCGUUACGCUUCCGAGAUGAUUGCCAAUGAAGCGGUAAAGAUGAGACGAUUCACGGCUGGGCUGCGAAGCGGCAUUCGCUCCAAGAUAUGCUGCGUCAACAUCAGGACAUACGCCGAGCUCGUCGAGAUGUCCAUCAGGGCGGAGCAGGAUGAGGAGCGGGUCGCCCGGAACCGAUCACAGUUAGGGCUUCGAAACAGGGUGGAGGGACCGUCCUCCUCUUUUACAGGAAAAAGGGCGCGCCCCAACUCACCACCCCGACUAGCCGCCACACCGGCCCCUUCUACGCGACAGGCCCAGGUUUGCACCUAUUGCAGGAGAGCGGGACACUCUGAGCCCUAUUGUUUUACGAGGAUGAGGGACCUCGGAUUCACCCCACCUCAGCGCAAUAUUAGGCCCCCGCAGCCGGCAUUGCAGAUUCCGCCCCUACGGGCAAUGGGGCCUAACCAGCAGUUUCGACGCCCACCACCACCUCAGGUCGAGGGUCAGGAUGCGGCCAUCCCCACUCCUACGGCCUUCGAGGUGACGGCUCACAUACAAGGUACCCCUAUUUUCCUUUUGGUGGACACCGGAUCUACUGCUUCUCUCAUAUCUCAUGCCGCCGUCAAGCAUUUGGGGCUACGCCCCAGGCCUUUCGUGGGGGUAAAGAUCAUCGCUGCCGCUGGCACAUUUUCAGAAGCGACUAAGAUAUGUUAUGAUUGUCCCAUCGACCUGGGAUGCAAGGUGGCAAACGUGGAUUUGAUAGUAACCAAAAUAUUCCAUUACGACGUCAUCUUGGGCAUGGACUGGUUGACGGUAGUGAGGGCAGAGAUUGAUUGUGAUGCAAAGACAGUGAAGAUACAUGAAGACGAUGGCACUUCCCUCACAUUCCCAGUCCAGGUCAGCUUCGAACGAAGGAUCUCGUGUUAUGCAUCAUUGGAAGACGGAUAUUCUGGACCCUCGAUAACGGACACACCUGUGGUCAAAGACUUUUGGGACGUAUUCAAAAACAUACCGGGACUACCGCCUCGACGUGAGAUAGACUUCACGAUUGAUCUGGUUCCUGGAGCCAAGCCCAUUUCUCUGCCUACUUACCGCAUGUCCCCAUGUGAAAUGGAGGAAUUACGGACUCAAAUCGAUGAUUUGCUAGAGUCAGGUUUCAUCCGGCCCAACGUGUCGCCAUGGGGAGCCCCAGUGCUAUUCGUAAGGAAGAAGGACGGCUCUUUACGACUAUGUGUGGAUUACCGAAGGCUGAACCAAAUGACGGUUCGGAACAAAUACCCGUUGCCCAGGAUCGACGAUUUAUUCGACCAGUUGAGGGUUGCCCAAUACUUCUCAAAGAUAGAUCUAAAAUCGGGGUACCAUCAGCUGCGGGUUAGAGAUGAAGAUAUUCAGAAAACGGCCUUUAGGACCUAUUUUGGCCAUUACGAGUUUCUGGUUAUGCCGUUCGGGCUCACCAAUGCCCCCGCGGUCUUCAUGGACCUAAUGAACUAA